UUUAGUGUAUACAGACAAAUUAGGCUCUUGGAAUCCUGAUUAAAGAUGAUUUCUUUAUUGACUAUGACAAAUACAGAAUUUAUUAGCAGAACCUUGCAAUUAAUUGCAAGCAGCAAAAGGAGUAGAUGAAGUUUUAAAGCCACUCAAUCAUCAACAUGACAACUCAGAAUUAAUUUCACAUGAUUCUUUUUUUCUUUUGCAUGAGCAGUUGGCUAGUUGGACUGACAAUCAAACUUGCUAGAUUUCAACCCUGUUACACAACUAACAUUCUUCGUUUCCUCAGCACCAUACAUUUGUUUAUUCUCAAAGAUGCCUUUUUUUUUCUCCUGAAAAACUGUGCUCCUGUUAACAUAUUCACACACAUAAGCACUUUCAGUUUCACUGCCUUUAAACCUAUCACUAUUGCCUCAUAAUUGAGUGUUCCUAUUGGCAAAUUGGUGAGGCGCAGUCUUUUACUCCAUUCUUACCCACAUGGCUGAAUCUGAACAUUCUUCUUCUGAUGAGACUUAUGUGGACUCUCAAGAGGAAAGGAAUAAAGAAUCGAAGCUUGAAUUCUCUGAGGAUGAGGAAGAGCUUGUAAUUAGGAUGUUUAAUCUAGUUGGAGAGAGGUGGUCUCUAAUUGCUGGGAGGAUUCCCGGAAGAACAGCAGAGGAGAUUGAGAAGUAUUGGAACUCCAGAUACUCGACCAGCGAAUGAAACUACCAGGCCAAGUAUCACUUUUGGAGUUGACAAGAUCAUGUCUGCUUCUGUUCAUUUAAGGGACAAGAUGAUUCCAAAUUCUUCUCCUGUAACUCUGCAGUGUUUCUGUGCGAAGUUGGUCUUUGAUUUUCUCGGGGUUGUUUUCAUGAUUUCUCAUCUUUUAAUUAGGAUCAAGUGUCCAUGUUAAUAUGUCCUUGUUUGAGUUCUUUCCUAUGUUUUCAUGUGCACCAAUUAGACUGUUCUAAGUUAAUUGGGAUUGGAAUUUGGAUCGAGAUUUUUUCA